GGGUGGUGGUGGUGAGGAGUGAGGGGCAACGGAAGGUGUGUGUGCACCACCAAAGGCUCUGCGAGGCACCGCUGGCUCUGCAAGACCCCGAGGGGCAGGAAGGGCGGGACGAGGGCGUGGCUUUCCGCGGCGACAGAAGCCCCACGUGACCGGCCAGUGCCUAAUCUUGCUUGCACGCCCCGCUUUCGCGUCAGACCCGGCGGUCGCCCCCUCGCCUCUUGGUACCUGCUCCGAGUGGCCCCGAGGGAGCCCGGGCCGGGGACGACCCCUAAGAGGAGGAGAAGCGAGAGGAGCAGGUAAGGGACCCGGAGUGGGGUCCGCAAAGAUGGCGGACCUCUCCUCGGGAGUCCGUUGCCUCGGAGUGGAGACUGCAGCUCCAACGCCACCCCGCCCCCGCCCCGACACCCGGCAUUUGGCCGCGGAAAGCGGUCUGCGAGUCGGAAGUGUUGCGGCGGCACACUUGCAGCAAGAAUCAGGAGGAGCAGGAGACAGAAAGGAUAGGCCCAGGAGCAAUGGCGUCCAAAGAGGAACGAGCAAUAGAAAGUUUCAACAUGGAAGAUGCCCAACAGGAAAACGAAGGAGGGGACCAGGCCCCUUUGAAGACUGGAGAGGAAUCACGCGACUUGGGAGGGGUCAAAGUCCAGAAGUCUGGAGGAAAUAUCAGGCUGGGAUGGGUUAGACGACUUGUCCCUAAUUUUCGGUGGGCUAUACCCAACAGGCAUAUUGAUCACAAUGAAGUGGGAGAUAAUGUAGAAAAGCAUGUGGGGCAGAUGAUGGAAAUCAAAAGAAAGACUAAGAAGCAGCAGAUGAGACAUCAUGUGCCCUAUCAAACUCCUGAACCUGACAAUCAUUAUGAAUUUUGCCUUAUACCUUGAAUGUUAAGAGUUUUCCUGAGGUUAAUAAUAUGGCCUCUGCUCUACAUGCUUGUAGUUUUUGUGAGUUACUUUUUUCUGUAAAUCUUUUGGUGUUUCCACUUACCAGUUUCUAACUGAAUACUAUUUUGUCUCAUUGUAUAACUUUCUGUCAGGAGGGCAAUAUCAUUCAGUUAUAAGAAAAAGUAUUCUUUUCAUAAUAUGAAAUUAAUAAAGCAGUUUUAAAAGCAA